UUUUAGGUACUGAAUUAUACGAAGAAAACAAAAGGAUCAACAAAAUAACUAUAAAAUAGUCAUAGUCGAAAUUUGAACUCGAAUGUCGACGGAAAAAAGAAAUAAUCGUACUAUGUGCAACCUAAUAUUAUGAGAUUCAAGAUUUUAAAUUGCUGUGAUAACUACUAUUGUGAGGCGCCUCGUAAUAAACUGCAAGUCUGAGCUACCUACCGAUUUCGAUUAAUGGUACUGGCACUAAUUACGUCCUGGAAUCGUGGCCGAUAGACGAUAAACAUUAGCAUAAUAAUAUUAUUAUCUUCGAAUGCGAUACGCAGACACGCUCAAGCGCGCUGUAAAGAGAAAAAUGCAGUUUAGUCGAAACUGCAUAGUGCACACUGCGUGCGACGGUACAUCACGAGAACUCGAUUACCUAGGCCAAUAAUAAGAUUAUUGCAUAAUAUCGUACGUGGACCUGUUAGAAUUUCAAGAAAACAAACGAUCGACCUCUAAAAAUGGAUUGCAAUAGUGCUCAAACAAUGGUGGACCGAUUAGUGAAUAGUGAGGCAAAUGCUCGUCGCAUUACUAUGGUCGAAAGUUGUUUUGGUAGUUCAGGACAACCUUUGGCCGUUCCUGGGCGUGUAUUAGUUGGUGAAGGCGUGCUGACAAAAAUUUGUCGAAAAAAACCAAAACCUAGACAAUUCUUUUUGUUCAACGACAUUCUAGUAUAUGGAAAUAUACUUAUAAAUAAAAAAAAAUAUAACAAGCAGCAUGUUAUACCAUUAGAAGAAGUAAAAUUGGAAUCUUUACAAGACGAAGGGCAGUUGAGAAAUGGUUGGCUAAUUCGAACGACAUCUAAGUCAUUUGCUGUCUAUGCUGCCACUUCAACAGAAAAACAAGAAUGGAUGGCGCACAUUAAUAAAUGUAUUGAAGAUCUGUUAAGAAAAAGUGGUAAAAAAGCCGUAGAAGUCCAUGCUGCGGUAUGGGUUCCAGAUUCUGAAGCCAAUGUUUGCAUGCAUUGUAAAAAAACUCAAUUCACAGUCCUCAAUCGAAGACAUCAUUGUCGUAACUGUGGUACUGUAGUAUGUGGUCCAUGUUCUAGUAAACGAUUUUUAUUACCAAAUCAAUCAACUAAACAAUUACGUGUCUGCCUUAAUUGUUUUGAUAAACUAUCUAGAGAUAAAGCACAACAAAACAGUACUAACAUCAACUAUCUCAGAAACUCCUUAAAAGAUCGCAGUGAAUCUUCUGGUGACGAUGAUUCUGAUGAUGAUGAUAAUUUUGUCCCAUCAACUACAACACCAGAGCAACCAAAGUUUUACUGAUUUUUACCGUCUACACGAGUACUUCCUUUGUUUUACUAACAUUUUCUAUGAAGUUUGUUAUUCAUGGAAUCAUCUAAUUUGACAAGAGUUUAUCAUAAUUGUUUAUAUUCUAGUAAAAACAUAUACUAUUUAACCUUAUCAAAUAAUUCAAACUAAAACGAUAGAUCUAUUAUUUUAUAUAAUGUGUAAAAUCCGAAUUAUGUAUUUGUGAUACCUUGUUAAUAGUACUGUUAAGUUGUUCUUAUCAAUAUUAAUUUAUUCAAUAUCUAGUUAAUAUUAAAUAUUAAUCUAUUAUAUUUAUUUUCAAAGUAUUCUUUUCUGAUAAUAAUUUAUUUUUACAAUGAAAAAGACCAAAUAAUAUUAUUCAUUUGGAUCACUAAUGUUUAAGAAUUUAUACAUAAGUCAAUUUUUAAUGUUUUAAUGGGAUGGAUUUAUUUUUAUUACAUUAUAAUAAUAACUAUUAAUUAUUAUCACUUUUUCCAAUUUGUUUUUUAUGUAUUUUUUUCUGUAAUUAAAUUACUAGCUGUUAUUAAAAAAAACCCCUAAGAAUUCAACUAUCACAGUAUUACAGUUAGUGUUACCAUUUUAAAUAUUGUUUUUUUAUUAUUAAUAUUAUUUAACGUAACUAGUAUAAUAUAAUAUAUAAAGCAAUAUAUAAAUAUUUGGUUAAAAAAAAAAAAAAAAAUUAUUGACAACUAUCAUACUAAUUUAAAACAUAAGUUUAAAUAUAGUCGCAGUCACUUCCUUGUUGAUUUUUUGUUGAUGUUUGUUGUUGAACACCAUACGAAUUAAACGUGAUUGCUGUGCUUCUGUUAAUGGUACAUUGAGUUCAAUGGAGUGUUUCAUAAUUUCUUUGCAUUGGCUAACAUUUCCUAAUGUAUCUAAAACAUAAAUAAAAACAUAUUUUUUUAAAUCAAUACUGACUGAAUAAUAAUAUUUAAAUUGUCAAUUACAAAAACUAGGUAUUUUAAUAUUAUUAAAAUAAUAAACUUGUACAAAUAUGUAUAAUUAAUUAUUGUAUAAUGUUUAUUAUAUAUAUAUAUAUUUUUUUUAUGAACAUUUAUUUGUUUUAACAAUAAAAUAUUUUUGAAUUAAA